AUGAGCGAUGCUCUACAAGGGAAAGAUCGAGUUAGAGGUUUUGCCUCGUGGGAACCACGCGCCCAUGCCUUCCGUGGGGAUGAGAAGGACUACAAGGGUGUUCGGGGCGAGGUGUUGAGGUCUGGAAGACGGUUGUGGUCUGGACCAGGUGAGGGCAAGCACCUCAGAGCAGAAGCCACUGCCGCCGCUGCAAAUGGGGAAGAGUGGAUUGAACUCCUUGACAAUUCUGGGAACCACGGUGGAGGUGCUGAUGAAAUUCCAUGCAAGGAAAAUGGGUGGCGACAUGAUGCUAGGAUGAAGCAGGACGUCCCUACAACGGGCAUUGAGGAAAGAAAAAUGGAAGCCAAAUUGGUGGGAAAAGCGAAUAGUAGUGUAGAUAGGAUGUGGGGUUCCGUUUACCAAAGGAAAAGAAAGAGAAUUGAUUCAAAAGGUUUUGAUUUAGAAAGUAAUUGUGUGAAGAAAAAGUCUGCGGAGGAUAGGAAGUAUGGGAAACAAUUCGUUCGAAAGCAACGGAGGAAGGAUAAAACUAGAGAAAUUUGUGGUAGGCAAGGUUCUGUGAGGUGUAGACUUGCAGCUGUUGUUGAAUCUUCCUGUUGUAGCUCUCCUUGGUUUGCUUGUUUUUUGAGUUUGGUUUUGAGGUAUAUGAGGAGGGCGAAUCUCAGAUUGUUGCAGCUUUCUGGACUUGUGCUUUCAGAACCGCUUGCUCGUGUUUUUUCUUCCCAUGGCAUUCAUUUUUUACGUGAUUCAGCCUGCACGAGAAGCUCUGGGAUUUGCAAAUUUUUCGGCGUCAGGUGUUUUAUUCCAUUGUUUUCUGUGGAUUUUUCUGCAGUUCCAUUCUGCUUUAUGUAUAUGCAUACAAGCUUGCUUCUUAGAUCUGCAUGCUUCACUUUUGUUAUUGUAUCGUAUUCAAAUUCCGAUGACCAAGAAAUGAUUGAAAUUGUGGAACACCCUCCGUCCAGCUCUUCUGGGAGAUAUUCUGCUUUAAGUGAAACCAUAAGUAAUAGUGUCCCUGGAAAGAGGAGCGUCUUUCCUUCUGCGGCUGGAUCUCGUAGACUGACUGGUAGAGCAGUACAGUUUAGGAAUGGUGUUAAUUCUCGUACCAUACGGAAGAGAAGGAGUUCUCUGAGGUCUCGGAGAGUAAAGAAUCCUUCUGUGAUCCGUGGUCACAAAGCCAAUGCCGCCACUGCCGUGGGUUCCAACUUUUAUAGUUCUAGAAAUGCUGGCAUUUCAUUGGUUUCUAUGGCAUCUGAUCGUGAGCUGCGUUCUGUUCGGAAGAGUUUGACUCCCAACAUCAGAGAACUGAAGUCAAUGUUGGUAGAAUCAACACAUGAUAUCAGUUCAACCUGUUGCUCUGCCAACAUUUUGGUUAUUGAGUCUGACAGGUGUCACAGAAUUAAAGGUGCCAUUGUUGAGCUGGAGAUUUCUUCUUCAAAACGAUGGUCUCUUGCAGUGAAGAAGGAUGGCAAUACAAGGUACCGCAUUAUGGCUCAAAAAGUUAUGAGAUCAUGUAGUUCCAAUCGUAUCACUCAUGAUAUAAUAUGGACAGAAGAUAAUUAUAGUUGGAAGCUUGAGUUUCCUGAUAAACGGGACUGGUUGAUCUUUAAAGAAUUAUACAAGCAAUGCUCUGAUCGCAAUGCGCAGACUCCAAGUCCCAAUGUCAUCCCUGUUCCUGGGAUAUGUGAAAUAUCUGGAUAUGCCGAAGUCAAAUAUGUUCCUUUUAGACGACCAGAUUCAUACAUUAGUGUGAAAGAUGAUGAGGUCUCAAGAGCAUUGGCAAAGAGGACGGCUAAUUAUGACAUGGAUUCUGAAGAUGAGGAGUGGCUCAGAAAGUUCAACAAUGAGUUCUCUGUACAGAAUGAGCUGGGGGACCCUGUCUCAGACGAUAUUUUUGAGUUAAUAAUUGAUGCUUUUGAGAAAGCUUUCUAUUGCAGUCCAGAUGAUUAUGCCGACGAGGAAGCAUCAGUUAAACUAUGUUUGGAUUUAGGAAGACAGGAUGUGGUUGAAGCUGUGUACAGUUACUGGUUGAGAAAACGGAAGCAAAAACGUUCAGCACUUGUCAGGGUUUUCCAGUGUUAUCAGCCAAGGAAAGACCAACUGCUUCCAAAGCCAAUUUUACGCAAGAAAAGGUCAUUUAAACGACAGGGAAGGCAUCCCGGGAGAGGCAAGCAGCGAACUUUUUUGCGAGCAAUGGCAGAGGAACAAGAUGCUGCGGAAGAGCAGAAUGCCUUACUCAAAGUCCAAGAAGCAAAAGCUGCAGCAAGUCAAUCGGAAGUUUUUGCUGUUGCGAAGCGUCAGAGAGCUCAGCUUCUCAUGGAGAAUGCAGACUUGGCAGCUUACAGAGCUGCAAUGGCCCUCAGAAUUGCGGAAGCAGCUCGAGUUGCAGAAUCCACAGAUGCUGCUGCCUCUUUUUACCUUCAAUAA